GGGCUUUUCCAGGACCCUCUUCCCGUGAACCGGAUGCUCUGUCAGUUUCUUCCUCCGUGACUUUGAUAGCCACCCGUGUUCCUUGUGAAGCAGCUGCUACUCCAGAGGGCCCAGGUAGAGGGCUCUGGUGACGGGUCCGGCAGGUGUAGGACGCCGGUAGGAGCUGGGCGCCCACGGUUAUCGUGCGUGGAGGAGACACUGCCCUACGGCGAUGGGGGCCAGGGGCGCUCCUUCACGCCGGAGGCUGGCGGGACGGCGGCUGCGGUACCUGCCCACCGGGAGCUUUCCCUUCCUCCUCCUUUUGCUCCUCCUUUGCAUACAGCUCGGAGGAGGACAAAAGAAAAAGGAGAAUCUUUUAGCUGAAAAAGUAGAACAGCUGAUGGAAUGGAGUUCCAGGCGCUCAAUCUUCCGAAUGAAUGGUGAUAAAUUCCGGAAAUUUAUAAAAGCACCACCUCGAAACUAUUCUAUGAUUGUUAUGUUCACUGCUCUUCAGCCUCAGCGGCAGUGUUCUGUGUGCAGGCAGGCUAAUGAAGAAUAUCAAAUACUGGCUAACUCCUGGCGCUAUUCAUCUGCUUUUUGUAACAAACUCUUCUUCAGUAUGGUGGACUAUGAUGAGGGAACAGAUGUUUUUCAACAGCUCAAUAUGAACUCUGCUCCUACAUUCAUGCAUUUUCCUCCAAAAGGCAGACCCAAAAGAGCUGACACUUUUGACCUUCAAAGAAUUGGAUUUGCAGCUGAACAACUAGCAAAAUGGAUUGCUGACAGAACAGAUGUUCAUAUUCGGGUUUUCAGACCACCCAACUACUCUGGCACCAUUGCUUUGGCACUAUUAGUGUCACUUGUUGGUGGUUUGCUCUACUUAAGAAGGAACAAUCUGGAAUUCAUCUAUAACAAGACUGGUUGGGCCAUGGUGUCUCUGUGUAUAGUCUUUGCCAUGACUUCUGGCCAGAUGUGGAAUCAUAUCCGUGGACCUCCAUAUGCUCACAAGAACCCUCAUAAUGGGCAAGUGAGUUACAUUCAUGGGAGCAGCCAGGCUCAGUUUGUGGCAGAAUCACAUAUUAUUCUGGUACUGAAUGCUGCUAUCACCAUGGGGAUGGUUCUUUUAAAUGAAGCUGCAACUUCCAAAGGAGAUGUUGGAAAAAGACGGAUCAUUUGCCUAGUGGGAUUAGGCCUGGUGGUCUUCUUCUUCAGUUUUCUGCUUUCAAUAUUUCGUUCCAAGUACCACGGCUAUCCUUAUAGCUUUUUAAUUAAAUGAAGCCAAGUGGGAUAUGCAUAAAGUGAAUGUUUUCCAUGAAGAUAAACUGUUCCUGACAUUAUACUAUUUUGAAUUCCUGAGUUCAUUUCUUUGUCGAUUGUGAUAAGCUAGUAUAUUCUUGUAUAUUUUUUUUUAAAUGUGGAUUUUGCUAGUAAAUUUAAUUUCCAGAAAUGGAUGGUAAAAUUUAAUAUUAUCUACAAAGGAAGCAAAUAACUGUUUUUCCAACAUAGUGUAUGCCACAGGAUUGAAUAAAUUAUAAUGUAAUUAUGA